AUGGCUGCACUCAGAAAGCAGAAAAGAGAGCAUAUUUUUAAAGGACUUACACUCGAGGGCACCUUUGGCAAGUUGAAGGUGAGCUUUUCUCCCCUCUCCCUCAAAUCCGCGCCUGCAAAUCCUCUCAAAUCACUUGCAACAAACGAAUUGAAUCUCUCAUUUCUGUCUUCGUGA